GGUGGGAAAAAUAACACGUUCUUCUUUCUUCUGAAUGGUUUAGUGCAUCCCAAGGGGAGAUAGUUAGAAUUGCCACUCACUAGACUGUUGUGUUGCAUUCAGGUUGCGCUCAGGAUGGAAAACGCAGAGCCUUUUCUCUGGAGCAUGUUUUGAAGGUCAUCGUGCCUCUCCUGUUGAGAAGCCUGCUGGUCAAACACAAUCUACAUCACGUGGGAUGAAAAGGAAUAAGAGAAGUGAGGAGAGGUGGCCAGACCAGCAAGAAAGAGUGGUUCCGAAUGACGACUGCAAGUCCAACAUCUUGAGUCCCCUCAAAGCUGAGUCCACAGGGCAGAGGGAAAGGCAGGGUAAGUUCCGAUGUUGGUUGAACGUGAAGAUGUUCGGCAAUGACCUUACCUUCAUGACCUGCAACGAUCUCCUUGACCAGCUCAGAGAGCUGUCACUCAGAAUGGCUGGAGUCACUGUGAAGCUGUUACAGGGUCAGGAGGUUAAGGUGAACCACAGAGCGAUUGUGCUGGCAGAAGAGCUGGUGUUACCAUCGCUUUCAGGGUUGCCCAUCAAACUGAGUGUCAACAUGUCUUCAUUCUACUCUCUCUGGGUGAAGGGCACUGCCAACUUUAAAGACUGGUCUCAGUUCUCUUUGGCCGGUUACAUAAAACCAAACGCAUUUGUUGGCAUCUCAGCCAGAAUGGGAGUGGACGGAGCGUUCGGUCGAGUGGGGCUGGAGUGGGCGACCCAAGUUCGAACCUCCACGAGCUUAGACGGAGGUGUAUAUGUGCACAAUGGGCAAAGUCUAAAGAUGGUCCUCAACACACCUGAAGAUGUUAUGGAUAUUGUGUCUUUUAGCUCCAGAAUGUAUCGUGUUAGUGGAGAGAGCAAAGAGGAACUCACAGCCUCAAGGAACCUCAAAGAGAAGACCACCUGCACGCCUAAAACAUGGUCGAAGCUGUUUGGAUGGCAGUUGUGCUCUGAUGUCACGUACCCUGUGUCACUGAUGGGAAGAGGUUUUCCGCCCGCUGGCCCGGUGCUCUUUACUCUGAGGUUUCAGAAACUGGACAGAGGCCUUCAGAAGUACCUCCUAGAGGCAGCUUAUGCAUUUACUGUUCAGAAGGGCUCCUGGAUGCCACUGGAAGCCAAUCUGCUCCUUUUCCUCGGCGCACCUCAGUCCACCAUCCCUCGAGAUGUAUCCCUGGACUUCAGCCUCAGUCCUCGGAGGCUGAUUCUGAAAAUAACCCACCCUCUGAAAAGCAUCCUCGUUCAAGGGCAGCUUCAUGAGCUGAAUGGUCACUGGUCAGGGAGAGCAGAGUUGCUAGUCGAUGAUAGCUACCAUUAUUACCUCAAGGGAUUGAUGGAGACGCUGAGUCUUCCGUCAGAGACGAGAGCCCACUACCAACUGGAGGCCAAAGUGGCAGCAGAUGGGCGUCCAGUCAUACUCUCUGUUAAUGUAACACAGGGGCUAAGCAGGAAGAUCGGUGUAUCUGCUAAGCUGCGAAAUGUCUUCAGUAAAGACGCUUCCUUCUCAGUGCAGCUGGAGCGGAGGCAGGACGAUGUCCGGCGGCAGUACUCUGUGGACGCGGGGCUUCUGUUGCCUAGCUUACUAAGCACCAGGAUCCUUGGACUUGUUGAACACAGUGGGCCAGAGUGGAGCUCCGGUCUGAGGAUCAGAUACGGUGUGCCAGACGACUCACACAAUAUGCACGAGUGUCACAUGUCUCAGAACCUGAGGGACGAGAUUGAGCCUGCCGAGAACCGCUACAGCAUGAGAGCAGAGCAUGAGCUCCAGUGCUCCCACAUCACCUUCCUAAACCACAAGAUACAGCUCAGGCAUGAAAGGAGUCCAGUUCACAUCCAGUCCUCACUCGACCUGAGCUAUGGCAAGCACUGGAACCAGGGCAGCAACAAACAGAGAGUCCUCCUGAGUCAGUCUAUCAGGAACCAGUCUGGAGAGAGUCUCACCAGUUAUGCUCUUGAGUUCAGCCUGCGAAUCCCAGAGAAAGGACUGAACUACAGGACUCAGCUCCUACACUCCCACCUGAAAAGAAGGAAAACCGAGAGCAGCACCCACCUAAAGGUCAAUUAUAAUGACCAGAUUCCCCUGGUGGCUGGGCUUCACUGGAAAGAUAUGUCUGCAAAAUCAUCCUUAAGGAAAUGGGAAGGCUCCUUCAACAUGGACACACCUUGGGUUUAUGUCUACAUGGCUCACAAGCUAACUCAGCCUCAGCACGGCACCACGCAGUUCACCUCCGAGAUUACCACCCGCAAGUGGGUUACCAUUCGCAACUUGAUGCUGGAGGGGCUCUACAAGGAGAGGAACAGAGACAGAGAGGGGCACUUACACAUUUUCACACCUACGGUCACCUAUCUAAAGGUUGGUGGCUGGGGAAUGCUGGGGAAGCGUAGAGUUAAUGCCUCCUGCUCCAUCAGCACAGCUUGGACACCAGCCUUGAGGUGGGAGAUCUCACUGGGCAACGGAAAACAACUGAAGACUCUGGACAUGAGCACCAGCUAUGGCAAGCAGCACCUUAAAAUCUCAGCAAGCCUCAACACCCUAGAAAAGAAGCUGAAAAAGAACGAGGUGAUGAUGAAUAUGACCUUCUCAGAGCUAAACAGUCCUUAUCUAGAGCUGGAGAUAGGAGGAAGAGUGGAAGAAAUGAGGAAGGACAGGAAUUUGUAUCAAAAAAGAUGGGUGCUCCACUUCAGGCAGCCGUUUAAGUUCCUCCCUGAAAGUCUACUCUUACAGGAGACUUUCACUAUUGACCUACAUAAGGGAGUCUACAUUCUUGAGUCCAAGUCACUGCUUCAAGACAACAGAAAAGCCAUUCACGUACUGACCCUGGGCUAUCGACCCCAGCACCCAUAUGUGUGUUCCUCCUUGAUUCAUUCUUUUAACUUGGAAAAUGUCCCCCAAGACUCUGAGAUUUGCAUCAGUCUCCAUAGUAAUCAGACUGUGCAGGAGCUGCAGGGGAGGAUGUUGACUGCUAAGAGAGAGAAGUUUGGAGUUCUUGGACAGGUCCAACUUCAUGGUCAACAAGGUAUCACAAUCAAAGUCAGCCUCACUCAGUUGCUUCAGUUGAAGUUUCCAGCAACAGUAAGCCUAGAUGUGGACUUAUUGAGAAGCCACAGGAGAAGCAAGGAGUUUGAAUACAUCGCAAAGGGAAAAGUGACCAUUGAUGAUAAAGACUAUAAUGCAUAUUUAAGAAUAGAGAGAUCUAAUGGAAAUUUCAGCAGUUCAAUAUAUUUGGGGUCCAAUGGAAAGAAGAUUGCUACACUGGAUGUCUCUUUAGCUAAUGCUAUGCGAAUGGGCGUUCAUUUUCUCAACUUCGACGUAAGCUUUCAGCAGACUGUUUUUCCAGUGGUCACUACAGAUGGCCACCUCCAUCUCAGUGCAAAUUCAUCCUCAGAUAGUCUCGUUGUCCUGUGUGCGCUGGGAAGGAGAGAGGAGAUAUUUCGGGCCCAGCUGAGCGGAGCUGUAGUGCAAAACCCUGGGUUAUUGUUGUGUUUGUCAGGGAACCUAAGUAUCUCUCUGAUCGGCUACUCCCUCCUGCCACACACCUCCAGCCUUGCAGGGCUUUUGAACCAAUCGGACAGUCUCACUGAAGGGCAGCUGACCGUAACAGUGGAUCAUGCUGUAUAUGGCGUGAAGCUGAGACGGAGCCACAGGGAUGCUGCAUGUUCCGGGCUGAACGAGUGUGAAGGUGCCUGGCUGUGUGUGCUGGCUCAGGAGCGGUCACUCUGCAUCAACAUCAGCAGCAGCUUUGUACAGAAUGGCCAGACUGGUCUCCAUGCCCAGCUCUACCACUCCUUCCCCUCGUUACUAUCUGCAGGGCUUCCUUUUAACAACACUGCAGUGGUUCAUGUUAACUGUAGUGAGAAUGGGCUGUUGACUGAGGUGGGACUCCAUGCUGGGUUCAAAGAGCUACAGAUCACGCUGCAGAGAGGAGUGCACAACUCCACAGAAACCACCGGACACUUACUGGUGAACUUCACAGGGGAGUUAAGCCCGGAUCACCUGCUGGGCUUCUGCUACACACAGGCUCUGGACCAGUCGCUGCGGGUGAAGAUAUGGGUCAAUCUCACAGAUUCCAUUCGUGUUGAGAAACCAGAGACGACGUCGCUGUCAUUCGAGAUCCAGGGUCACCGCCUUUCCUCCAGCUCCGGGCUGAAGGUGAACGUUUCCCACAACAUCUCUUCUUUACAACCGUAUGUGCCGUUUGUGUUUCAUGCCAAGUCGCAGCUGAAAUAUCCAUCUUCUGCAGUCCAGGCAGCAACAGAGUUACUGAUAGACAGUAACAUGAUGUCUUUUGAAGGCCAGUUGGUCCGUACAAAGCUCGGAUUCAAGCAGAUUUUAGACUUCUAUCAGUCUUUACCACAGCUGGCCUCACUUCCCAGCACUGUUUUAGUAAGGACGGUGUAUGCUGGGCACAAUGGCUCACAUCUUCUGACACACCACACAAAGUGGAUGCAUCAAGACUCAGCUGGACCUGCAGGAUCUCAACAACAAGAUGAAUCUGGUUCUCAGGCCCAUGGAUGGAGGUUAGAGGUGAGACUGGAGAAGGAAGCUCACCGCAGACAGGCUAAUGUGCUAGCUAAUUGGACUGUGAGUGGACACCAAGCACAGAACAAGAGCAGGAAUGGACACUGUCCAGAGAUCAGAGCUACAGGGUCAUGGAGCUGUGUGGGCAGCCAGACUGAAGCUACACUGGAGCUCCAACAAUCCUUCACAUCAACUCUGUCCCACCUACACCUGCGCACACUGUCACAUAGCCUGGAUCACGGACAUGGCAGCAACAAUCAGAUCCAUCUCUCCUGGGAUCAUGGGACCCCUGCGAAUGUAUCUAUGACUGUGAGUAAGCAUUGGAGUGCUGAGUCCAGCAGGGGCCAGGCCUGUGUCUAUGUCUCACCUGGACAGAUGCGGUCAGUACUCCCUCUGGUGGACGCUCGAGGCUGCAUCUCAGUGGCCCAAGAAGGAAAAUCUUCCUACUCACAAAGCACUGAUCUCAAGUGGAGCGACAAGAAAAUCACGCAGAGCCUGAAAUACCAGGUAAUUUAG